AUGGAGGAAAUGAAACGUUUUUUGGCGCAUCAUCUUCCUGUGACGACAGGUCUCGUAAUGGUUGUUCUCAUCCUGAUGCACGAAGACCUCCAGGUUACCCGUUCCGCUCUAUUGCAGAUGCAAUCCAGCUGCAGAAGAGAGGUUGCAGCUUCGCAGUCCUCCAGCAGUCGCGAAUCUUCUGGAGCCUCCAAUGACGGUUUCUUCGCCCACCAUCUCGAAUCCAACAAGCUCUCGGAUACCGCCGUCGCCAAGAUUCCAAUUACCACGAAAGAGAAACUGCCACAAGAGCUACCGGUCUUUCAUAUUGUCAUGUCGAAAACUAACAAUGGAGUAAAGGAUCCUCUGAGCAUAAUGAACAUGCGCUGCAUUGAAAGCGUCUUUUACUUUCAUCCUACGGUUACCUUGCUCGUCCAUACGAAUAACGAGACAGGGCUUCUCGAGGGGCUGAAACAUCCCAAGCUGAAGGCCUUAGUUGAACGAGGCUAUGAUCUGCAAGUGAAUUUCUACAGACCUCAGGACAUUCUGCAACGCACCAUUGAAGCUCCUGGGAGUCAAAUUGAUCCACAUGCAGCGGCUGAGUUCAGCUCCCGCAUUGAUCCAGCCCUCAGACAUGAAAAGUAUUGGUAUGCCAACGAAGCUAAUCUGGUGAGGCUGUGCAUUCUCUACUUGCAAGGAGGGAUAUAUUUAGACUCGGACGUGGUCUUGAUCAAUGAUCGCUUGGCCACCGACCCACGCAUCGAUCAGGCCAUGGGUCGACACCGUGACGGAUCCAAAUAUCACAAUGCUGCCAUGAAGUUUACGCAGCCAGGUAACCGUUUCCUCGCGGCUGUAAUCAACAAUAUGAUCGAACACUAUGAUGGAAGCAAGUGGGGCAACAACGGGCCCAAAGCCUUCGGGAGAACAGCAAAGGAACAUCCCCAGUGGGUGUGCCCCGAAGACAAGUAUGACUACGUUUUCAAUCCCCUUUCCGAGGACCAACCCGAGAUGAACACCAAGAAGAAGGGCAAGAAGCAGAAGCACCGGACGAUUUGCUAUCUGACCCCGUUCCCCAAUGACACAGUGGCACCCUUCAGCUACAAGGAUUGGGAUGCCGUCUGCUUUGAGCAUCAUUCUCCAAGGUACAAAGAGAUCCGUCACAAACUAGACCACAGUUUCUUGGUACACUUCAACAACAAAAAGACGGAAGAGCAGAUGAGCAAGAAAGCGUACAAGAAAGGGAGCCUCUGUGACCAUGUGCUGUCAUCGUAUUGUGUCCUUUGUGAGGACUAG